UAUAUAUGUGGACUUGCAAGUGAAGUAGUAAAAAAGUUCUCAAACCAGGAAAGAGAGAGGGCUUAAAUUUUUUGGAGUAAGCAACCAAAAAAAAGAAAAAAAAGAAAAAAACAAGGAGUAUGGCUGUAGAAGAAGGUGUUGAUGAGUAUACACAAGAUGGGACUGUGGAUCUUAAAGGAAACCCAGUUCUUAGAUCCAAGAGAGGUGGAUGGACUGCUUGCUCCUUCGUUGUUGUGUAUGAGGUAUUUGAACGCAUGGCCUAUUAUGGAAUAUCGUCGAAUUUGGUUCUGUAUUUGACAAGGAAGCUCCAUCAAGGCACCGUCAGCUCUGCCAACAACGUCACAAACUGGGUUGGAACUAUUUGGGUGACUCCUAUUUUGGGUGCCUAUAUCGCUGAUGCUCAUCUCGGUCGCUACUGGACCUUCAUCUCCGCUUCCAUAAUCUAUCUCUUGGGAAUGUCUGCAUUGACCCUAGCAGUUUCGCUUCCUGCUUUGAAACCCCCUCAAUGUGCAAAUCCCAAAUUGGGAAACUGCAAAAAGGCCUCCACAGUACAACUAGUAAUCUAUUAUGGAGCACUUUAUACACUGGCAAUAGGAACAGGUGGAACAAAGCCCAACAUCUCUACAAUUGGGGCAGACCAAUUUGAUGAGUUUGAUCCAAAAGAAAAAUCGCACAAGCUUUCCUUCUUCAAUUGGUGGAUGUUUAGCAUCUUUUGUGGUACACUUUUUGCCCACACAGUUCUUGUCUAUAUACAAGAUAAUGUGGGCUGGACUCUUGGAUAUGGCCUUCCAACACUUGGGCUUGCCAUUUCUGUGAUUAUCUUUGUAGCUGGAACACCUUUCUACAGGCACAAAGUUCCCUCAGGGAGUCCCUUCACAAGAAUGGCUAAAGUCAUAGUUGCUGCAUUGAGAAAAUGGAAUGUGUCUCUCUCAAGUGAUCCUAAAGAACUCUAUGAGCUUGACUUGGAAGAGUAUUCAAAAAAGGGAAUGUUUAGGAUUGAUUCCACACCAACAUUGAGGUUUCUCAACAAAGCUUCAGUGAAAACAGGAUCAACCGGUCCAUGGAUGCUCUGUUGUGUAACCCAAGUUGAGGAGACCAAGCAAAUGGUGAGGAUGCUACCAAUCUUGGUUGCCACAUUUGUACCAAGCAUUAUGAUUGCACAGAUUAAUACCCUUUUUGUCAAGCAAGGAACCACUCUUGACAGAGGCAUUGGCAGCUUCAAUAUCCCACCGGCGAGUUUAGCUGGUUUUGUGACCAUAUCUAUGCUUGUCAGUGUAGUUCUCUAUGACAGACUAUUUGUUAGAAUUAUGCAGAAAGUGACAAAGAAGCCAAGAGGAAUUAGUCUCCUUCAAAGAAUGGGAGUUGGAAUUGUUAUCCAUAUUAUAAUCAUGGUAGUUGCUUCCUUUACAGAGAGAUGGAGGCUUCAAGUGGCAAAAGAGCAUGGAGUGGCUGAAAAUGGUGGACAAGUUCCUUUAAGCAUAUUCAUUUUGCUUCCUCAGUUUGUGCUUAUGGGAAUUGCUGAUGCAUUUCUAGAUGUUGCAAAGAUUGAGUUUUUCUAUGAUCAAGCACCAGAGAGCAUGAAGAGUCUUGGGACUUCCUAUGCCAUGACUACUUUAGGAGUUGGGAACUUUCUCAGUAGUUUCCUUCUUUCGACAGUUUCCCACAUCACCGAGAAGCAUGGACACGGAUGGAUUCUGAAUAACCUUAAUGCUUCUCAUCUUGAUUACUAUUAUGCAUUUUUUGCAAUUCUAAACUUUGCCAAUCUAGUUUUCUUCUUGGUUGUUUCCAAGUUCUAUGUGUAUAGGGCUGAAGUUUCUGAUUCAAUAAAAGUGCUAGAAGAAGAGUUGAAGGGUACUAGAGUUAGGUUAUCCAACCAAGAAGAGACCAAAAAUUGGUCAAGUUGAUGAAUGAGUUACGGAGAUAGAUAUGGUAAAAUCCAAACUUUGUGGGAUUAUCAGUUGGUUGGAUGAAGCUGUCUUUGGUUUCAGGCCUUCCAUAAAAGCUACUAUUAUUGGUAUUGCUUGCUUGGGGAUAUGAGCCUUCAACAAUAUAAAAUGUGAUACCUGGUCUUAUGUAGCAAUUUCAAAUAAUCUGUAAACUAGAUUUUACAAGGUUAUCUCAAAUAUAGGUUUCUGUAAAUCAUUUGGAGAUUUAGAUUCUGAAAAUUUAUUGGAAAAAGCGCUGUCAAUUAAUAGUUUUCCUACAUACCACCAAA